AUGGACGCCCCCCCGCCGUUGCCACCACGAUCACCACGCCCGCCAUUGCCAGAACCAUCGGCCUCCUCCUUCAUCUACACCCCCUUUCGCCAGGCCGGGGAGAUUCGUCUUUUGAUUAUUCACCCGGCUACCGCGCUGGAUGCGCCUCUGGUCUGCUCACUGGAGCACACGUCUCUCGCCACGCCGCCCCGAUAUGAGGCCGUUUCGUACUGUUGGGGCACGAAGGGUACCGGUGGAUUUGUCUUCCUGAACGGUCGCUCGUUUGGUAUAUACGAAAACGCCGAAGUCGCGCUACGGCGGCUGCGGCUUUCAUCCAAGACGCGUCGGGUGUGGAUGGACGCUCUAUGCAUCAACCAGGAUGACGUUGCUGAGAAGAACGUGCAGAUUCCGGUAAUGCAUCGGAUCUACGAGCAGGCAGAUCGCGUCCUCGUCUGGCUUGGCGAGACCAAGGACAACAUGCUGGCGACCAUUCUUUCGACCCACAAGCUGGAUCGUAGCGAUUACAUGAACGACUUUAUCUUCUGCAGUAGGGUGUGGUUCAGGGACGGCGCCGCUCACCAACUGCUCCCAAACCUUCGGGUUAACUUCCACAAUUCGUACUUGGUCGAGGAGAUGAAGUCUGGCGAAGUUAGAGAGCUGCUAAGCCGUCCCUGGUGGACACGUGUGUGGAUCUUACAAGAAGUCGUCGUCGCUAAGGAGGUGGUCUUUCUCUGCGGAUCCGAGUUGUUCGAAUGGGACAUGAUGCGCAAGUUGAUCAAUGCGUCGGCGGCAGAUUGCUCUCUAGGAGAGACGUACAAUUUGCUCCGGUGUCCAGAGGAACCGGAACUCCACGCACGUUUCCACGUCAUUGACCAGCUGCGAAAAGUUAGAUGUCAAGACUCCGAGCAGAUUCAGCCGACCGAAGUACUAUUCAACUGUAGGGGCCUCCUUUGCACGGAUCAUCGAGAUCGAAUCUUCGCUUUCCUCGGGCUGCUUCCGGACAGGAUCAGAUCGCUGACUGUGCCCGACUAUGGCGCUCCGCCAGCACAGACUUACAUCAAGUUUGCACGAAAACUGAUUAGCGGGACUACAUCACUUGAUGUCUUGAAUUGCGUACGCGAGUGGAGAGGUGUGGCCUUACAAACAACGCCCACCUUUGCGUAUAACUGUUUCGACCAGGCGAAAUAUCACGAUAUUGACGCUUUGAUCCAGCGGGAGGCAAAGUCCAAGCCCAGUCACGGCUGGGCACCGCUCCCCACCGGCUGGGAGCGCGUCUCACAGGGAGAGUCGUGCUACUUUUAUGACCAUAACUCUGGCAAUAAGUCGGAUUUCAGCCCGCUCAAGACCCUUUCGCCUCGAGAAGCUCACCACCCAACUGAAUUUCGCAUCUGUCCAGAGGGAUGGACCAAAACCUGGGAUAACCUAGGACGAACGGUGCUCCGGUACGAUCCAGACGUGCAGGCUCAGCAGCAACGGGAAUCACUUUCGGACCUACUCUCCCGACUUGGCCUGGCGAAUCUGCCAUCUUGGGUCCCCAAUUGGGCCUCCAGGACAGAUCGUGACCCGAGUCUUCUGCUUUCCUGGGAGCAGGGAGGCUGUCGUUAUGAUGCCUGCGCGAGUACGCCUGCACAGAUCCACACAUUUGGCGACACGCACACGCUAGGCCUGGAGGGGUUUCUCUUUGACGAGGUGGCGGUGAUGGCGGAAGCAUAUCACCCCGAGACCAACCUGGUCCCCUUGUGGCGUAGAGAAGGCGACGUCCGUGAAAUGUGGGUGACUAUGGGUACAGCUACGGUGCCCGACUGUCCAUAUCAGAGGCUGGCGGGUGGCCGGCUCGAGGCUGUCCUCCGGACACACAUAGCCGACUACGUGGGUCAAGAGGCUGCCACUGAGCCAUACCUAUCCCUAGUCAAGGACUGGUUCUGCGCAAAGCAAUGGUUCUACGAAGGGCACGAUACGUCGUACAUGGCCAACAUGCGCACCCGGUCCGCAUGGUCGAUUCUAGGUAAGUCCGCCAAGCAGCAAUUCCGAACUGGGAUGAAAGCGGGGCACUCGGACCCGGAUAUGGAUUGGGAUGUGGAAUUCCGCUUGUGUGCGCAGCGCAUCCAUCGAUCGACGGCGCAUCGGGCCAUGUUUGUGACACGCAAGGGAUACGUUGGUCUCGCGCCGUGGAAUGCACGAACAGGAGACUGGGUCUGUGUGUUAAACGGCGGCAAGACACCGUUCUUGCUACGACCUUCACCUGGGACAAGAUAUGUCUCGCUUGUUGGCGAUGCAUAUGAGACGGUUCGUCUCUGGCUCGACUAUGCUGCGCGAAAGAGCUGGGCUCUCCAGGCCAUCUUCUAA